AGAGAGAUGGUGGAUCUCCGGUGAAUCGGAGGCAGAGAGGAAGAAAAAAGAUCGCGAGAGAGAGAGAAAGAAAAGAGGAUCGCGAGAGAGAGAUAAGGUUAGGGCUAGUAUGGUCUUUUGGUCAUUAAUGAAAAGUGUAUUUGUGAAAAUGUCUUCAUACUAGUGGUAUACUUGAAAUGUGGUACCAAAGAAAGUGUAGAAGUAAAAUUCCCCCAUUCUGAUAUAUAUAUAUGACAACAUAAUUACUGCAGUUCAAAAAUGAAAAUACAUAAUUAAAAAGUUAAAAAAAAUAGUUGUAUUUUUAAAAUAUUUUAUAAAUCACAUAUUAUUAUAAAUAAAAAUAUCAAUAGCUAGUUUAUUUAAAUAUACUAAAUAAAAUUUAAAUGUACUUUUAUAAGUUCAGGAAAGUACUGUAUAAAAUUAUAAAUAUAUUUUGAAUUCGGAAUUUAAAACUUUAUUAUCCUUCUGGUUUCUCAAAAAUUGGAUUAAUGAUUUUUUGGUCUGAUAUUAAAAAAAAUUAUUUUAGAAGUUUAUUUCUUGUUUAAAAAAAAUUAAUACAAGAAUAUAUAUCACGAAUUUUAAUAAAUAGUACCAAUAGUAAGAAAAUGAAUCUUACUAAACCUUUUUUGAUUACAGUAAUUAUCAUUUUUUAUUUUUUUCUUAUAUUAAAAUAUAAAUAAAAUAAAAGCAAUUUAAAAAAAAUUGGAAACCCACCGUAAGAUAAGAAAAAAACUAUGAAAACUUGGCUUUUGGUUUUUGUGUUAAGAAAACAGUUAUUUGCAAAAACUAAUUUUCCUACAUUUUAGGGAAUCUAUUCUUUUAAAAUUUUGAUUGGUUGCUAAAUGGUUUUUGGAAAAACAAAAACCAAAAACUAAUCCAAAAACUACAAACAAUCAACCUUUUAGUCAAAUUCGUUUCGAGCGAAAGCAAUAGAUAUGCAAUGUACCAAACAAAAUCAGUGCUGUGCGAAGAUUUUUGGAGGCCUGAGACGAGUUAAAAAUAUAUAUUUUACAUGAUAUUGUUAAUAAUAGUUUUAUUUAAAUUUGAAUCAUAUAAACAUUUGAAAUAUGUAUAUAUAUAUAUAUAUAUAUAUAACACUGAGUUUUUUUUGAAUUUAUUACAUCAACGUUUCUGAUUCUUCUUCAUAAAAAUGUUAUAAACUAAAAAAAUUAAAAUCAUGAUAAAAAAUAUGAAUUUGUAAGUUAAUAACAAAGAUACAAAUUUGGGAUUGAAAUGUUGGUAUCCGUUAAAAAAACAAAAAUCUUAGCAUUUAAAUUAAAUAUAAUAAACUAUAUAUUCGAAAUUUCAUAUUUUUUUACCAAAUUUCCAUAAAUAUAUAAAAUAAAAUUAACUCAUAGUAUAUAAAAGAAGACAAAUGUGGAUUAAAUAUUUGCAAUUUUUAGAAGUAGAAUCUUUAUUAUUUUAUUUAAAAUAUAGAGAUAUUGAUAGUUAUUUUAAACAGAAGUUAAAUUCUGAAUCAAAUAAAUAUAAAAAUGUUAUUAAGAGAAUAUUUUAAGUACUAUGUAAAAAAUUUUUUUUGUAAUUAGGGUCUCUGGAAUUUUUACAAAAUUAGGGGUCCUAGUUAAAUGCCUUUUUGACCAAAAAAAAAAAGGUUAAAUGCCUUUUUUUUUUAAAGGCUAUAAGCACGACUCUGAACAAAAUCACACCUUUACACGGAUUACUCUUCAAUUAAAUUCAGAUUCAAAGGGACUGAAAAAUACGGACAGUAGGACUUGGAGAAGAUGACAAUCUUGUUGGACAAUAUGGCUGCACGAAAGCCAACAUUGAAUUCGCAGCUCCCGCAGAUUUUGACAGAUCGCUGAAGAUGGCUGCGAAACUUGCCAACCAUCCUCCUUUAGAAUUAAGUCCGUUUCUAGGUAAGUGCAAGACGUGUUUUUGCACAUGGUUUUUUUUGCAAAAUAUUUCGUGUGUUGUUAGAUGAUUACAGCUCGCAUGAAACCUCAAAAAGUAAAGAGACGGGCCUGUUUAGAAUAAACAAAACAAAGAAAAACUUAUUUUCUGAAUUUGUUAAUUGUUCUGGGCUUGUAUUUUUAAACAUGGUCUUCUGGGCUAAGCCCAGCCUAUUUGUGACGUAAGGCCUAGAUAUAAGAAGCGUUGACUUGUCCGCAUCAUCAUGUGAUAUCUCAUAAUUGUGAGUCGGUAUGGUUUUUGUCCAUUUCCACAUCAUGUGCAUGUCCCCUUUCAUUUAUUUCAUUUCUAUAUCACCUUUCAAAUUAAUAUCUAUAGCACGGAAUUAUUGAACCAAAUAUAUAAAGUGCCCAUCAUACAUUUACUAUAUCAGAUAUUAAAUAUUGUUUUUAAUUAGCUAUAGAAAACGAUAUAUAAUACUACAAAAAAACACUAGUCUCUUCAAUACUUCAACUACCGACCACGCUAUUAGUAUUAUACUAGUAUUUAUCUACGAACCAGCAUGUGCUUCCUGUUAAUCCCAAGUUUUGGUUGAUAAUAAUAAGUCAACCGUACAUGGAUUUCAGCUUAUGUUUCUGCAUUUUUAUUUCUACUAUGUUUCAACAAGAGUGUGAGAAGUACGCAUGCAGAAAUAAAUAAAUAAAAGAAACGGCUAGUGGGUGAUUAUACUUUUUAAUCUGUGAUUAUAUCUUAAUCUGCUUCACUGUGUAAAUGUCAAUCUGGAAAACAAUCAUGAAAAACUCAUUAUUUUUACAUUAUAAGGUAUAUAAAUGGCAACGAACUUAGGGUGUAAGUAAGAAAAAAUAAACACUGCACAUGCAUUGGCUUUUAGCGAAAUACGUUAUUUAAAGGUAGUCACUAAAAUGGACAGCAGCGGGUCUGCAACUACCAUGUGCUGUGUUUAUUUUAUUAUUUAUACAUAAAUUUAUAUGAAUAACGAUCGAAAACUCGUUAACGAAACUUAAAACAAGGUUAGGAAAAAGUGUUUGUUGGUAGAAAGCAUGAAGCAUUGCUUGCGGAAUUAGCAAUUAGCAUUUACAAGUUUAAUCAGCGAUUGUGACUUAACAUCGAUAAUUAGGUGAAGCGGAGAUGAAUAGAGUAACAAAACCAUUUUUGUUAGUUUCGGAAUAACAAAAGAAAGAAUAAAAAAAAAACUGAGAGGGGUAAAAGGGUAAUAAAGUGAAAAAAAUGUUCUUAGUUUAGCGCGGCAGUUUGUAAAGUGAAAGGCUAAUAAUAAAAAGAGAGGAGGAGUUUGCCAGAUUGCAGAAAAACGCCAUUAACGAUCACAGCUGUGCGAAUCCGAUUAAUCCAGAGAGGGAGAGAGAGUCAUAGAAUAUCUGGAUCUUCUUCUUCUUCUUCAUUCAGAUUCUCUUCUCGGAGCUGCCUUUGGUUAUCUUUAUCUUCUCGGAGGGUAGACGAGGUGUAUGUAUGUGUAAGUAAUUUGUGAAAUUUAAAACAAAAGAUUCGGGUCGUCCUCACUGCACAUGGAGUUAGCGUUGAGGCAGGUCGAACAUUCUACAGAAGCGGCUGUGUCAUCAUCAUCUUAAGGCCUCCUUCCUUAGGUAUGAUGAUGACUACGGAAGCGGAUCAGAUGCAAGGACCAAGCGGCGGCGGCGGCGGCGGCUGUGAAGAAAAGAUUUCUGUUUCUGUUCGUCUGCGACCUUUAAAUGACAAGGAAAUGUUGAGGAAUAAUUCCCCUGACUGGGAGUGCAUCAACUCUACAACCAUCAUGUACAGGAGCCAUCUCUCUAUCUCUGACCGUUCCAUGUAUCCUUCUGCUUACUCUUUUGACAGAGUGUUCGGCCCUGAGUGUUGUACCAGGCAAGUCUAUGACCAAGGGGCCAAGGAAGUAGCUUUCUCUGUUGUCAGUGGCGUUAAUGCUAGCGUCUUUGCGUACGGGCAAACAAGCAGUGGAAAGACAUACACCAUGAGUGGAAUUACUCACUGCACUUUGGUUGAUAUAUAUGACUACAUUGACAAGCACAAGGAAAGAGAAUUCAUUCUAAAGUUCUCCGCCAUGGAGAUCUAUAAUGAGUCUGUGCGAGAUCUCUUAAGUACAGAUAGUAGUCCGCUCAGACUUCUAGAUGAUCCUGAGAAAGGGACAGUUGUUGAGAAACUCACAGAGGAAAACUGCGCGGACUGGAAUCAUUUCAAGGAGCUCCUUUCUGUUUGCGAAGCUCAGCGGCAAAUUGGAGAGACAGCUCUGAAUGAAGUUAGCUCCCGUUCUUCUACUACUUUCUUACAGACAGUUGAAAGCACGGCUCGUGAAUUUUUCACUAACGAUAAAUUUAGUACACUAACAGCAACAGUGAACUUUAUUGAUCUUGCUGGAAGUGAACGUGCAUCUCAGUCAUUAUCAGCCGGCACAAGGUUGAAAGAAGGUUGUCAUAUAAACCGAAGUUUGUUAACGCUGGGAACUGUCAUCCGUAAGCUAAGUAAAGGAAAAACUGGUCACACCAUCAGAGAUUCAAAACUGACGCGCAUACUUCAGUCUUCCUUGGGAGGAAAUGCCAGAACCGCCAUAAUAUGUACCAUGAGUCCUGCAAGAAUCCAUGUUGAGCAAUCAAGAAACACGCUUCUAUUCGCGAGCUGUGCAAAGGAGGUGACAACGAAUGCACAAGUCAAUGUCGUCAUGUCUGAUAAGGCUUUAGUGAAACACUUGCAGAGGGAGUUGGCUAAACUGGAAAGUGAGUUGAGAAGCCCUGGUCAGCCUUCGGUUGCCUCUGACACAACAACUGCAUUACUGACGGAGAAGGACCUCGAGGUUGAAAG